AUGGCCUCAUGUUUAAUUUGCUUCAGAAAUUUUGUCAUAUAUAACCCGACCACCAGGGAGUAUAUUGAGUUGCCCGGUCCUGAUGUUGUUAAUCAAGCUGAGUUAUCCUAUAGAUUUGGAUAUGAAUAUCAAGCUGAGUUAUUCUAUGGAUUUGGAUAUGAGUCAUUCUGCGGAUUCGGAUAUGACUCUCAAUCUGAUGACUACAAAAUAGUAGCAGCAGAUGUUUCUAGUGAUGAAAAUUGGAAGGUGGCAAAUAUUUUCUCUCAAGUCCGGUUCUUGGAGAAGGAUACAAACGAUCUGCGCAAAGAUGUGAUUAUGUCAUUUGAUUUGUCGGAAGAGAAAUUUCACCAGGUGUUUCCGGUCCCUGAAGUUGAUGAGGAGAUAGAUUUCCUAGGACUCGGGAUUCACGGGGCGAAUCUGUUCAUAUACCACAGCACCUAUUACUUCAUUGAGGCAUGGCUUAUAGAUGAGUACAGUAGAGGAGCACUGUGGACAAAAUUUUUCAGAGUUGAUUGCAGUCCCUUCAUAAAUUGGAAUAAUACCCCCAUUCCAAGAAAGCCCAUCGCAUACACAAGGAGCGGAAAAAUCGUUUUCCACAUGGAUAUGAACCUAAUGAUUCUGUUUAAUCCGGAGGAUAAUUCUCACAAGGAUUAUCCCAUGGAGGAGGACUCUGAAUAUGCUAUGUAUUUGGAAACUCUUGUCUCUCCCUAUCUUCGCGGUGAGCCAUCAAGAAUCUAG